CCCCUUUUAUCUUCUCCCAAUCCCUCUUCGCUCUUUCUCACAGCAAUGGCUUCUUUUCCUACUCUUUCUCACGCGACCGCUCUGAAACUCUCUUCUUCGCUACGUGGGGAAGCCUUGUCAUCGUCAUUCUCCGCUACUUUCAUGGGGACGCCGCUUGCUUUCUCCUCCUCUACUUUCUCUGGGAAAAAAUCGCAGCAUCAGAAGCAACUGGUUGUUGUUUCAAGGAGACUAGCGGGCUUAGAGGAGGCGUUUCGAAUUAUGAGAGAACGUGAAGCUCGACCCAUUACAAAAGUUAAGAGAAGACCGCCAUUAAGGCGUGGAAAGGUAUCACCGCGUCUUCCCGUUCCUGAUCACAUCCCAAAGCCUCCUUAUCUAAGUUCAACUUCGGUGCCAGAAAUUUCAAGUGAACUUCAAAUCCAUGAUUCUGAAGGCAUUGCUCGCAUGAGGGCUGCAUGUGAACUUGCUACCCGUGUCCUAAACUAUGCAGGAACAUUAGUUAGGCCAUCGGUAACGACCAAGGAAAUUGACAAGGCAGCACACCAGAUGAUUAUUGAGGCUGGUGCUUAUCCCUCACCUCUCGGUUAUGGGGGAUUUCCAAAGAGUAUAUGCACAUCAGUUAAUGAGUGCAUGUGCCAUGGAAUACCUGAUUCUCGCCAGCUACAGGAUGGUGACAUAAUAAACAUUGAUGUGACGGUUUACUUAAACGGUUAUCAUGGAGACACAUCAAAGACGUUCAUUUGUGGAAAUGUUAGCAAUGCAGUUAAAAUCUUCCUGAGGGUAACUGAAGAAUGCUUGGAGAGAGGCAUUGCUGUUUGCAAACAUGGUGCUAGUUAUAAAAAAAUAGGAAAGAGGAUUAGUGAUCUUGCUGAAAGAUAUGGUCUUGGCGUGGUGGAGCGUUUUGUUGGGCAUGGUGUGGGGACAGUAUUUCACUCUGAACCACUUAUAUUUCAUCACAGCAAUGACAUGUCUGGUUGCAUGGUUGAAGGUCAGACAUUUACCAUCGAACCAAUUCUUACAAUGGGAAGCACCGACUGUAUAACAUGGGAUGAUAACUGGACAACGGUAACUGCUGAUGGCAGGCUAGCUGCUCAGUCCGAGCAUACCAUUUUGAUUACUAGAACAGGUGCAGAAAUUUUAACUAAAGUUUGAUGCAACCAGUUGAUUCCUUAUCUUGGAUCUAUUGUACCAGAAGAGUAAGAAUUGAAUAUGCGAUAGAAAACUAAAGCAAGUUGGGUAAA